AGUGCGUCCGAGUGGUUUAAUGAUGGCUGCACCGUACACACAGAGAUGAGUGAUGUCGAGCCUCCAGCAAGAGAGAGAUGCUCUGCUUGACGAGCAGAAGGUGAACCGAGAGCGAGCUCGCAGAUGUGUGCAGGAGACCAACCGCCGAUGCAGGGAUCUGAGGGAGAAACAGAGGCUGUGGGUGCUGCAGGAGCAACGGCGGCGCGAAGAAGUGCUGCAGCAGCGCCGGCAGAAGUUCCAAGAUGUGACGGAGCACUUCCAGAGGGCUUACUUGCCUCCCUCUCAGAGGCCGACCCAAAGUGAGCGGCUCACUGCCGGAAGAGACUAUCCGAAUUUGGAAGACGCGCUCAGUCAAAUCCGAGGCCCCGCGCUGCCGUCUAACCUCAACAGUCAAACUGUCAGCGCCCCGUCUUCCAGACCUGCCGUUGCUUUGUCAGAAUCCCCCCUUCGCCACACGCCCGUUGCGGUACAGGCGAGCGUAGGACGUCGAGAGCAGAGCCCGUGUGCCAGGAGGUGGCAGGAGCUUCCAAAGAGGCAGGAGAGGCAUCAGGAGCACAGUGGACAGGACGACAAUGUGUCCUGCUGCUCCAAGUCCGACAGCUUGUCCAGUCAAGACAGUCUGGAGAACGAAGAAGCGGCCAAAAGCGGCGUCCUGCAAUACUCCGAAAAGCCCCUCCAAGACCUCAAAUGCCCCAACGACCCGCAUCCUGUGUCGUCGGUGCCCGGGCCCACCUUGGUCGCCGUGAAGCCACACUUCCACAGGUUGCCCGUGGACCUCAACUACAACCUGCCCACCCAGAAGGAAACCUGUGCCUCAAUGAAUAACCUCAACAAGUUCUCAGCGGACAUCAACGUUUGGAAGCACAUGAACACAGCAAGUCCAAAGUGCCGCCAAAGUCAAGAAUCCAGCGGGUCAAAGACCUCGUCGCCCGCAGCCUGCAGAGUCCAAUUCAUGAAAGGCAUCCUUAAAACUCUGCCCGGCGAAACACCGGCAGAAUCCCCGCAGGUUCAUGCUAAUGCCGUCAAACCUGUUCAGUUUUUGGUGUGCGACAGCAUCGAAGUAGCCAGGGCCAGGUCCAAGGCUGCCGAAUACAAAAAUGCCUCCAAGAAGCUGCGCUGGCUCGACGAGGAGGCGGGGGUAACCAAUGGAGUGCGACCCACAGAUGCCCAAUCCCAGGCGUGGGCAGAUGUCGGGGUUCAAGUCAGCACCGGCGUGGCGGGGCCUCUCGUCCCUCGGGGGGAUCACUCGGCCAGGGUCGGGGCAAGUCCGGUUUCCUCGGGCUUUGUCACCCAAUCCCCGAUCCCAGUGGCCAGGAUCCGGGGGGAGUUGCAGACCGCGUCGAAGCACGGGAGCCCCACGAAGGGCCCGUACGGCGGGGACCAGGCUCGUGUCAGCCAUCAGCUCGCUCCUCUGCCUCCCGAGGAGGUUCCGCACAAGGACACGCAGCGACUUAUGACGGGUGACGGCGGUGUCAUCAACGCACGCUUGCCGUCCUCAUUUAGCCGCCCCACGCCCGAGAGCAGCUGGAAAGCCUCGCCCGCUUUCGGCCAUGCCGCGACGCCGGGGGGCAGCGGCAGAGGUCGAGGGGCGUCAUACGGGGAAAAAGUGUUAGACCGCACCCCCACGGACUCAGAGAUCUAUCAGCUCUGCCAGGAUGUCCGCAGCGCCUUCAUCAGCACUGCGGGACAACAACAGGACACUUCAUUAGUUGUCUCAGAAAAAGCCGGGACCCCCUGCUGUCAGGCUUUGACGAGUGGGCGGGCCGGUAACAAAUCUGGUGCGGAUCAGAACCGACGACCUUCCGGUUCAACCAAUAAAAAACCUCCGGAAUGCUUCAAGAUUACAUGUCUCCAUGCUACAAAUCCAGUCGGACCAUCUCCCAAAGGGUAUUUCACGGAACAGCCAAACAAAGGCGUCAAAACUGCCAGCCAGCGCCGUCUGACCGAUACGCACUCUUACGGGCCACUGGAGGAACGGGUUGGCAAACCACAGAGGACGACGUCGCAGCCACAUCAGCAGCAGUACCAGCGCCGACCCCCGGCGGCGACGUCCAUCUCCAUGGAGGAGCAGAGAAUCUUUCAGUCUCUGGACCGACUCAACUGCCAGCUGCACCGCAAAGGUGGUUUGCACUGACCAGCAUCUGGACUGAAGUCUAUCAUCCCAGCACGAUGGCAGCUGGAUCGCUUUAUGUAGCACAAAGCUUCCAGGUGAAACGGGUUCCACUACCUUGAAACCAAGUGUGCCUUAUAGAAGAACAUGAAGAAGCAUAAGCAUAAUUAAAAAUUAAUGACAUUUAAUGAAUUUAAAAAAUGCAAAUUUCUCACUAACUUUGACAGUUUAGCCAUCACUCAAUAGGGAGGAUUAUCUUUCAUUAAAAAAACUAAACUAAACUGCCUGGAUUUACACUGCAGGUUAGAGUGGCUGA